AUGACGAGCUACAGAUAUACUGAUGAGAUGAUUGAAUUCGUCCUCGAGAGGACAGUUCCGACGGAACCAAUUCCCCGAGGAAAAAAGAGGGCGCUAUACGAAGAGACGGCUGAGCUGUUUGGUCAGAAAUUCCCUAAUUUCGAGAGCCCCGUCAAAUAUGCCCAGAUCAAGUACAUCACCGAUCACUUCGGCAGCAGUACGGAGUUUGGCAACCCGAAGGGAAGGAUCAUCUACCACGACCCUACGAAUGACCGUAUCUCCAAGGUCAUGAACAAUUCCUCAGAGCCGACACGAACUGCUACACAAAAUGGAAAGAGCAAAUGCAUUCUCUGCCCCCAUUGCAGUGGAAAGGGAUUUUUGGAAGUGAGCAAGGAGCCGGCUGGUCCUAGCGAUGCUUCGCCCGCAAACCUGCCGACACCUGUAACUCCGUAUCCGAAUCCGGCCGCUAUUCCUAUGGGAACGAAAUUGUAUCAGGGCUCAGAAUCAGCUACCGGUAUCCAUGGAACACCCAUUGCCACACCCACUGCACUUCCUACUCCAAUCACUCACCGUCGUCCGUUACAGUUUGGUCCAUUACUUCAGCAGCAAAGCCCUCAUCCUGUAACCACCCCAUCAGUACCUCUACGGGCCGGCAUACGUGAGGGAGUUCAGCAAAGCACGGGAAUGCGCAACAUUCCUGCUUCCUCGGCCCCAAAGGGCAUUUGGUCUACGAUCAACACUGGACAGGAAGCAGCUAUGUCGCCGAAAACGAGACCGGGCGCUGCUGAUGGUAUCAGAACAAAUGAUAACGGCGCUACGACAUUGGGAAAUCGCAAUGCUGCACUGAAUACAGCAGCGAGGAACUUCCAGAACCAAAUCAUGUUGCAGAGGAAGUCCUUAGGUAUGACCCAACAGCAUACCUCUGCAGGACAGAACAUAUCUACAGCCAUGAAUAUGGGGACAUUAUCCCGACCGGUUCGCGGGCAAGUGAGUCAGAUGACGACUCCGAACAGGUAUCAGCCUGUUAGCCGAGCAAGCAGGGAGGAAUUCAUACCUCAGACUACCCGGCUUGUUUCGAGACAGCCAGUUCCGACGGCUGGUAGGGUCAUGCUGAUGCCGUCGAUGGGACAGAACUCAGCAUCGCGGGCAUCAGAAGCUGCCACGCAUGGUACUCCUCUCAAGCGACCCCGGCCCAAUGAUGAAGCGAGUGUGGGCAUUCCGGCUGGAAAUAUGGGGCACACCGGAGCACAGGAAUACAAGCCGAUGGCAAACGAACCAGCUUCGAAGAGGCGUAAGACUGAUACGAAGGAGAACUUUACUUUGGCGAACGGCAACGGAAACCUAAGCGCGCCGGUUGAGUCGGUUCCGGAACUGGAGCCCUCUUGGGACAGUUAUCUGGACGACAUUACCAGCAACUUCUUCUCCGACGAGGUCGGAUUGAGCUACGACCAAAACCACGCUCCGAUGGACAGCUUCACACUUGACCUUGGAGUUGACGCUGGAAAUGACUCUCAGGUCAAUCAGAAUCUUACCCACCAGGAUGCUGGUUUGGUUACUUCGACUACGGCUGAUCAAUCCAAGUUUGAUCUCAAAGCCCCCCAAGCCCCCCAAGCCCCCCAAGCUCCUAAAGACUCUGAGGAAAUCGACAUGAUCCAGGACUUCUUGGAUAACCACGGCAGCGAUCUUGAUUACCAAAUAACUGGUAAUGAGAUGUUCGGGGAGGACAGCGCUACUGCUGGAGGCGCCGAGUUUGAGUACCCGGAUAUAUUUGGCUGUUAGCCGCAG